GCAUAAUUUUGACGUUGAUGAAAGCGGAAAUUUCGAAAGACUUUUGAAGUCAACAAAGUUUUUCAGGCUGCAAAACUAGUGUUUAUACAUCAAAAUGAAAAGAAAUGGAUUCAGUUGACAGUGUUCUGGAGUGCUACCAUGGCAACAGGACAUAUUCAGACAUCAAGAAGAAGACUGGGCAGAAUUCCUGUUACUUCAACAGCACAAAGGAAAAACAUAUGUUUGAACCCAAAUUCCACAGUAAAAAACACAGAUGGAAAUCAAAAUAAGGACCAGACUACCAACAUGAAGUUAAAUCAAAACAAAGACAUGAUGGCAUCUUUCUCUUCGUCAUUUUGUACUGAUUUGGAUGUUGAAAUGCUGGAUGUAAUGGAUAAGAUGGAGGAAAACUUCAUUGUCAAAAAGACUAAUACCCCAAAAUCUAGAAAAUGUCAACUUCAGAUCCAGACAACCAAGUCACCAGCAAAUCCAACAAAUAUGACAUCUGCUUUUGUACCGGUAACCAAAAAGUCAGCUAUUCAUUCAACGACAAAGACAGCUAUUCAUUCAACAACAAAGUCAGCUAUUCAUUCAACGACAAAGUCAGCUAUUCAUUCAACGACAAAGUCAGUUAUUCAUUCAACGUCAAAGUCAUCAAUCACAAGAACUUCAGCGACUAAUUUGAUCAGUUAUGAUUCAGAAAAGACAACUCUUAAUUCUGGAGCUAAUUUCGCUAAACAUUUAGCAGACAAUUUGAAACCACAGUCAGCUGCUGCAGCUUCAACUAGAUUUCUUAGAAGCAAACCUUUAACUGGUGCACAAGUUACUCCAGUUAUGAAGAGCCACCCUACAACACCAAGUGGAACCAGUACAUCAAGUAAAAAUAAUGACGUAUUUAAGUCACCAGGAGAUUAUUAUUCAACAGAUGGAAAAAAUUGUAAUCAAAGUACUAAAAAAUCUGUACAUCAUCUAAAAAAUGAUGAUAGCAUUUCAUGGCAGACACCAAAGAUUGCUUCAACUCCUCAAACGACCCCUAAUUCUCGUAAAGGAUUAAAACUGACAGCAUCUCAUGUUAAGAGGCAAAAUCAUUUGUUAAAAUCAUUAUUUACACUUGAAACUUCUAUGAAUAUAUCUGAUAUAAUUUUAUCCCCUAGUCUUGAGAGUGCAAAAAAGUCAGAAGUACAACAAAAUAAAUUGUUGAAACAAAACACUUCUGUGAGAGAAAAUGAUAAGGAAAAUGUUGUCAGUAAAUGUAAGACAUCUCUAUUGGAAAUAGCGACUAAUUCACAUCAACCUGAUGUAAACAUUGAUGAAAGUGCUGCCAGGCAACAACCGACAAAAGAUCAGAAUCAUAAAAAUAAUCAAAAAGAUAGGAGUGAAAAGAACUUGAAAAGAAAAUCAGAUUUACAUGAAAAAUCUUCUAUUCUAAACAUUAGUGGAGAUAAACUUAGCCUUAGCAACUGGGGACUUCCUGAAACAGUGUUAAACCAGUAUCACAGUAAAGGAAUUACAGCAAUGUUUGAAUGGCAAGCAGAAUGCCUCUGUAAAGGAAAUACCCUGGCUGGUGGAAAUCUGGUAUACUCUGCUCCAACAAGUGCAGGCAAGACCAUGGUUGCAGAACUACUGGUAUUAAAGAGAGUUAUGGAAACUAAAAAGAAAGCUAUAUUUAUUUUACCCUUUGUAUCAGUUGCCAGAGAAAAAAUGUUUUAUUUACAGCAACUUUACCAAGAUGCUGGAAUCCGAGUGAGUGGAUUUAUGGGGAGUUAUUCCCCUCCAGGAGGGCUGAAAUCUGUAGAUGUAGCAGUUUGUACAAUAGAGAAAGGAAACGGUCUGAUAAAUAGGUUACUGGAACAUAAAGAAUUAGAUAAGCUCGGAAUUAUAGUUGUAGAUGAGUUACAUUUGGUAGGAGAUUCCCACAGAGGAUAUCUGCUGGAACUUAUGCUGACUAAGAUAUGCUAUGUGAUGAGGAAAGAAAAGGAGCAGCUAAAUAUAGGCAACCAAUCUACAGAUACUAUCAAUGGUGUACAGAUUGUAGGGAUGAGUGCCACACUACCAAAUCUAGAUCUCUUGGCCAGAUGGCUGAAGGCUGAACUGUAUCAUACAGAUUAUAGACCUGUACCAUUAACAGAAUGUGUCAAGAUUGGGACAACUCUGUAUGAUAGUUCCCUAGUGAAAAUUAGGGAUAUUGAUUUGACCUUGACAUUUAAAGAUGACUCUGAUCAUGUGAUACCUCUGUGCUUAGAAACGUUAAAGGGAGGUCAUUCAGUUUUGAUAUUUUGUCCAACCAAGAACUGGUGUGAAAAGCUGUCUGAGUCCAUAGCCAAAGAGUUUUACAUGAUUUUAAGGAAUUCAAAACCUCAAAAUGGUGAGAAGGAAGAACUACCUCUACCACUGAAUGGUAAUAAUUUAAUGGAUGUUGUAGAACAGUUGAAGAGAACACCUGUGGGUCUGGACAGUACACUUGGAAGAACAGUUCCAUUUGGUGUGGCCUACCAUCAUGCAGGACUGACAUUUGAUGAGAGAGACAUUAUUGAAGGAAGUUUUAGACAGGGGAUCAUUAAAGUUUUGAUUGCCACAUCAACUCUAUCGUCUGGAGUUAACUUGCCUGCCCGUAGAGUGAUUGUAAGGUCUCCUACAUUCCAUGCUGGCAAGAUCAUUGAUAUUUUGACCUAUAAACAAAUGAUUGGAAGAGCUGGAAGGAAAGGAGUUGAUACUGAAGGAGAGAGUAUUUUAAUCUGCCGACCAAAUGAGAGAGAUAAAGCUGUAACAUUAAUAUCCUCCUCACUACCUCCUGUUCAAAGUUGUCUGGUCAGUAGGGAGGGACAGGAACUCAGCUCUAGUUUGAAAAGAGCAAUUUUAGAGAUUGUUGUAAGUGGUGUCGCCACUGUCCCAGCAGAUGUUGCCUUGUACACUUCCUGUACCAUGUUAUCUGCUGCUAUCUCAGCAGACGACAAUGGAAAUGAGGACAUGAUUGCAGCCUGUAUCAAGUUCCUACAGGAAAAUGAGUUUGUGUGCCUUCAAAAAGUUGCUUUGCCUGAUGGGAAGGAAGAAGAAAGAUUUUGUCCAACACAACUUGGGUCAGCUGUUUUAGCUUCUUCACUCUCUCCACGGGAAGGAUUGGUGGUGUUUGCUGAGUUACAGAAAGCAAGGCAAUGCUUUGUCCUAGAAAAUGAACUUCAUAUUAUCUACUUGGUAACCCCAAUUUAUAGUAUGGAUUUUGGUAGCAGUUUAGACUGGUACCAAUACUAUUGUCUUUGGGAAAGCUUGUCUGUUGGCAUGAAAAGAGUAGCAGAGCUUGUUGGGGUACAAGAGAGCUUCAUAGCUCGAGCCAUCAGGGGAAGGAUUCUGACCAAAACUGAGGCACAGAUGAGAAGUCUUGCAAUCCAUAGAAGAUUUUACACAUCUCUUAUAUUACAUGAUUUGGUACAUGAGGUUCCUCUUCCUGAGGUGGCCAGGAAAUAUAAUUGUAAUAAAGGACAGCUACAGUCAUUACAACAGUCUGCUGCUACUUUUGCUGGUAUGGUUACUGUAUUUUGUGCACGUCUUGGAUGGCAUAACCUAGAGUUGAUACUUUCUCAGUUCCAGAAUCGUCUAACAUUUGGUAUACAGCGAGAGCUGUGUGAUUUGGUCAGAUUGACAUUAUUAAAUGGACAGAGAGCCAGAGUCCUUUACAAUGCUGGUUACCAUACUGUGACAGCACUGGCUAAUGCUACUGAGGUUGAUGUUGAAUUGGUUCUGAAGAAUGCUGCCCCAUUUCAAAGCAAGAAGCAGCAUGAGAAUGAAACUGAAUAUGAAGCAGCACAAAGACAGAGCAGCAGAUGUAUAUGGCUUACUGGGCGUAAAGGUGUUACAGAACUGGAGGCAGCAGAAGCAAUCAUAAGUGAGGCAAAGUCAAUCAUACAAGAGGAACUUGGUGGUCUUGGAAUUCAGUGGAAAAAUGAUCAAGAUUCUGUCAAUAAAACUCAAGGUCAAAAUGAAAGGUCAAGUGUAUUAGUGACUCCAAACAUUUCAAAUUCACGAAACAGUUCAACACAGAAAAAGACAUCCUCUAAUAGUUUUCAUCAAAGAAAAACAAGUAAAGGAAGACGUUCAUCUACAGGAUUAAAAAGACGAAGUUUAAAAUCUGCAAAUUCUAGUAUAGCAAAUGAUGAGCUAUAUGGUCAGGCUGUUUUAAAAGCACCAGUCUUAGAAAAGCAGGAUACUGGAAGCAAGAUAAAUUUAAGUUUAAAUGAAAGAAAUGAAAAGGUAACAAUGCAAAAACCUGACACAGAUGUAAACAAUACAAACAAUGGUGAAGAAAGUAAGACUGAAAUCAGCCGUCCAUGUCAAAUUGUACCAAAUAAAGAAGAUGUGGAUAUCGUAAACACUACCAAAAAUGUUGUAACAAUACAAGCUGAUGUUCAUCAUGAAGUAGGUAAGGGUGAAGAAAAAAUGCAAAUUGACAUUGACUGUAAUUUGACUAAUGACCUUGAAGAUUUUUCACAAAUAAGUUUUACAAUUGGGAAACAUUGUGCAGAUGUUGAAAACAUUGACAAGAAUAUAAAUGAAAAUAAAAUACCGGUAACUGAAAAGACAAAUGGUCAACCAGUAGUGGAAAAUGUGAAAUUAAUCAUUGAAAGUGAAAAGCAUGGUGAGUUCUCUGAAGGAACUUUAGACAGUGUGAGUGAAAAAAGAAAAAUUGAUGAGGUACAAGAAAGUGAAGAUUUGUUCAUUGGUUUAACCCAGGAGUUUGAAGUGUCAUGUCAGCCAUUGGACCAACAGCAGCAGACGGAUGAAAAUGAACUAGAUAAACAUUCGAGUAACCCAGACUUAAAACAUUUAUGUAAUCUAGACAUAAAAAGUACCAGUGAUCAGAAAUUACAUGUAAAUAAUGAAAAUGUAAACUUUAUAGAGUUUGAAAUAGAUCAAAAUACUGACAAUGGUCAUGAUGAAUUUGAAGAUAGUUUCUGUGUAGACACUCAAGUUGCUAUGGAACUUUCCCAUCAUGAAAACAAUUCUAAAAGUCUUUUAGGGUAUACUGAAGACAACACUGACAGUAACAUCAGAAAUGGAAACAAUACAAAUGCAAUGCAAGCUAAGAGUUUAUAUGAAAAGGUAUCACAAAGAACUUGUAAUAAUGAACUAAAAAUAAGUGAUGGUCAAACAGUUGUGAAAACAAAGGACAAAGUGACAUCUCCAACAGUUGAUAUUGAUAUCAUUGAAAUAAGUCCAGUCAGAGAACCACCAUGUAAGACUGCUAUGUCAGUACCACGAGCAGCUACCCAUGAUGCAUCACCAAUGAUGGCUGACAUUGAGAAAGAUGAUUUGCUUGAUGGAUCUGUUGUUUUAAUUGCUGCUAGUAACUUUGAACGAUGUAUGUAUGUUAAUUCAGAGGACAUAUUUGAGGAAUCGGGUCAGAUCCCACAAAACGAAUCCUACCAAGAUUUACACAUUCCUUUUCAGAGUGGACAGGAAAAGGUAUUUGAAGAGAAUGAGAAGCAGCUACCUAAUGUUGUCUCUCAAUAUCAUAAUUUGCAAGAGGACUUAGCUGUUGCCAUGGAAAUGGGGGAUACUUUUACAUCAACUUUUCUGGGUAAUGACAACAAUAAGAAUCAACAACCAAUAGCAACUCAGAAUAAUGAACUAAGUGAUUCUUUGACCUUAUCAAUGGUUGAGAAAGUUUUAAAUGAUGAAUCACCUGUACAUAAGGUUGGUAGUAAGAACAAGGAUGAGAAUGGAAUUGUGGGUAAUUCAGUAAAGAUAGCAGACGAGAGUAAAACUGUCAAAGAAAAGAAAACAAACAGAAAACCAGUGAAAAGUAAAUUAAGCCCAGGAACAUUAGCAUUUCUUGAUAGCAUGAAUUCAUUUUCUGCAGCUACGGAAAUUUCAAUGCAAGGAGAUAAAAAUCAAAAUAAAGAUGAUAAAUCAUUAAAAUCUAGUCAUCUUAAAACAGGUAAAGCUGUAGCAAUACUUUCAAAUUCCAAGAUUUAUUUAAAAUGUAGUAGUAAUGGAAAUACAAGUGUAGAAAAUGACCUUCUGCCGCCUACACCACCAGAGAAUAAUGUUUCUUGCAUGUCACCUCAUUUGACCUCUAAAAGAAUGACCCCUAAUAAGUUAAAACUGACACCAAGGAAAGGAAAAGCAGGGAAUAAGUCUGUAAGAUCAGUUCUGCAGGAGGAAAAUACAACAGCUUCAAAGAAAGCGAAAACAGCUGAUGUCACAUCAGAGUUUGAGAGAAUAAAACAUCAGAUUUCUCAGGUAGAUCUUGAGGAUGAUAUUUCAGAUUCUGAAAAAGACAUUGAUUACACGGAAAGAACAUUUGACUUUGAACCAGAUCUGUCAGGAAUUACGUCAACACAAAGUGCACUAACUGUAAUAGAUGUAUGUGCUGAUACAAGACUGUUUGACACUUUUAGGAAAGAAUGGUCAACAAAGAUGAAAUAUUCUGUGUCUCUUGCCUGUGAGAGAAAGAAACCUGAUCUUCCAAAAGGUGGAGGUAUAGGUGGGAAGUUCAUCAGAGGAAAAGAUAAAGUCCAGUCCAUGCCGGCCGGUGAAACGAUUGAUAAGAAUGAAGGAUUCACAGUGGAUGGAACAGAUCUGAUCAUUGUCGGUCUGGCCGUCUGUUGGGGGAACAGAGACUCCUACUACAUCUCAUUUAAAGAUGAAGAAACAGAAAAAUGUCCAGAUGAUUCAUUAGCUCCAGCUCCUUCAGAUGAAUCAAUAACAACAGAGGUCAAAUUAAAGGUCAUUCAGUCAGUCCUGGAGAAAUCCAUGUAUAGAGGCAAGCCUAAAUCCUUAAUGAUGUUUGACAGUAAAUCUCAGUACACAACACUAGUUAAAGGAUGUGGUUUAAUCCCAGCUGGGAAAAUCCAGGAUCCAAAAAUAGCUUAUUGGUUGUUAGACCCAGGAGCCAAGGAGAAGAACUUACUUGGAAUGGUGCACAAUUAUCUACCAACAGAAGGAGGAUUGUUAGAAGGGAUAGGUGGUGGGAUAGGCUAUGGUAGUAUUGGACUGACACCUGAGAAUCCAGGAUCUGGGAGGUUUAGAGCCACAACAGAAUCAGUCCUUACGCUUCAUGUUAUGGAUUAUUUUGUCAAUGUUCUACAGAAAGAGGAAUUACUGACAACCUUUUUGGAUGUUGAGAUGCCAUCCAUUGUUACACUGGCUAGGAUGGAAUUGAAUGGUUUUGGAUACAGUGAAAAUGAGUGUGAGAGCCAGAUGAAUAUUAUGUUAGCUAGGUUAUCAUCAUUAGAAGAUCAGGCAUAUCAACUUGCUGGACAUCCAUUCUCAUUAACUGCUACUGAUGAUAUAGCUCAGAUUUUGUUUAUAGAAUUGCAACUGCCACCUGAUGGUGACCCAUCAAAUGUAGGUCAAUUACGUGGAAACAAAAGGGCAGUAGGUCAAAAGAAAGGUCGUGGUAGAGGUACACUUAGUACUUCCAAAGAAGUUUUAGAAAAGUUAAAGCCCCUCCAUCCACUGCCCAGUGUUAUCUUGGAAUGGAGAAGAAUUAGCAGUGCUUUGACAAAGGUUGUUUUUCAGUUACAGAAGGUUAAAGUUCACAACACACGAGCAGAUAUGUAUCGUAUAUUUUGUGAGACACAGUUUCACACAGCUACAGGCCGAGUCAGUAUGAUAGAACCUAAUUUACAGAACAUUCCCAAGGAUUUUGAAAUAAAUUUACCAGAUGUAAUAGGAGAGAGUCCUACACCAGAAAAAGGACCCCCUACAGGAAGAAAAAUAAAAGGAAAAUUGAAUCAGUUGAAAAGUGCUUCAAAAUCAACAGCAAGGGUUGAGAAUGUAAACAGAAAUAGUUCAUAUUCUGUUAGCAUGAGACAUGCUUUUGUCCCAUUUAAAGGUGGCAUUUUGGUAGCAGCUGAUUAUUCUCAGUUAGAGUUGAGGAUGAUAGCACACUUGUCUAACGACCAGAAGCUGAUCAGAAUAUUAAAUGAAGAUGGGGAUGUAUUCAAACUUAUAACAGCUCAAUGGAAAGGUAUUUCUCCUGAGGAGGUUACAGCUGUAGAAAGACAACAGGCUAAACAGGUGUGUUAUGGUAUGAUUUAUGGGAUUGGUGCAAAAGCUCUGGGAGAACAGUUAGAAGUGGAUGAAAAUGAUGCUGCAGUAUUCAUAGAGACGUUUAAAGCUAAAUAUCCAAGCAUGAGAACAUAUUUGAGAACAACAGUAGAAUUCUGUAGAAAUAAAGGCUAUGUACAAACCAUGACUGGCAGACGACGAUAUUUACCAUCCAUAACUUCUACUCAGCCAUAUUCCAGAGCUCAUGCAGAAAGACAGGCAGUAAAUACUACAGUACAAGGGUCAGCAGCCGACCUGGUCAAAACAGCAAUGAAUCAAAUUGAUAUCAAAUUAAAGGAAGUUUUCCCACAAUCAGCAUUUACUCAUUCUCAUAAGUUCAUUGAAAGACGCAAUGUUAGAAGCAGAAGUAAAUCCACAACAAUGAAAUUAUCUGGUGGCUACCUUGUCCUACAGCUACAUGAUGAACUGAUUUAUGAGGUCUGUCAGGAUGAUAUGAUACCUGUGGCACAGAUCAUACAAAGUGAGAUGGAGAAUGCCAUGAAGUUAUCUGUCCGUCUGCCAGUUAAAGUUAAGGCAGGACCAAGUUGGGGAAAGCUUGAGGAAAUAAAAUUGUAAACAAGUAGUGGAAAAGAAAGUAUUGACAUUGGCUCUUUCAUAAAUUAUAAGAAAAGAUGGAAAGUUUGAAUAUAUAAAAAACAAGAAUGAAGAACACAUGUGUCAAAGUUAUUGAAUUUUUGAUAAGGUCAUAGCAUUGAAUCUUUAUCAGACAUGUUAGGGUUAUUCAAUUUUUGAUGAGGUCAUAGUAUUUUUGAGGACUAGUCUAGAUCUCCAUUAGAAAAGUGUCAGAAAUACUCAAUAAAUGAUGUUCAUAGAACUUAAGAAUUUGUUUUUGAACACAGUAGAAUGAAGUGAAGUUGUUUACCAGGAGAAACAAUUGUUGAAGUGUGGUGUAUUUGAUUUGUUUUGUACAGAAUCAUUUUUUACAGAUAAUGAACAUUUCAGAACAGAAAGCAAAAUAUAAACUAUGGUAUCAAACACUUAUUCAAUGUUGUUUUGUAAAUUGUAUAUGCAUUGUUAGUCCUACAUUUUAAAGUAGUAGUAAUGACCUGUUAUUUACCAAUGUGCCAAAGAAUCUAAAUGUAUUUUGUGAUAUCUAACUUAUAUUGUCUGUAUGUAAUUCUACACUCCUUCAAAGUCUGCAAUCAAUAUUGUGUCUGUGCGUUCAAUGAUUUGGAAAGUGUGCAGACUUCUAUUUUUUUACUGUUAUAUAUAAAGUCUUUAAAUCUUUAUAAAAUUUAUAUUGAUAUCACAACUUUUUAAUUUAGUUUUCAGUUUUGAAAUACAAAUUAAAUCAUUUAUUUGUAUCUUUGUCUUUAACAGAUAAUUAACUUUACAUCUUCAAUUAUGUUUACUUGUGCACAUACAUGUCAGUUAUUUAAUACAUAUGAAAACCAUUGAACAAAGAAAAUAGAAAAUACAUGUACAUUCAUACAUUUGUACAUUGUCAUAUAACUAAAUAUUAACUGUAAUAGGAUACAUAUUUUCAUCUACUUUAAAUUCAGAAAUUAUUGCGUUCACUUAUUAUUGCGAUUUUGUCAUUUCAACUUAAAUGCGAUUUUAAUUUUUACGAUUUUGGGAAAAGUCAUGCUUUAUUCAGUUAAGAUAUUACAAAAUGCGAGUUUUAAUUAUUGCAUUUACAACUCUGUCGCAUUAUUCGCAAUAAUUUCUGAAUUUACAGUAUUUGCACAUCUGUUAGUUGAACUUCAUUGAACAGCGAAUAACAUGACGACAAUUUUGUAGCAAGCCUGAGCUCAAUGUCACCACUUUAGAGUUUUAAAUUUAGAAGCAUUUGAAUUAAAGGCAUACAACAAAACCAUAGAUCAGAAAUCGACUUGCAGAAAGUAUAAAACAUCAUUUUAUUCUUCUACCACCAACUCUGACAUCUCAUUCACCAUUUAUAGAAAAAGGUGAAGUCGAACAGCAGAUGUUUACUGGCUAAUGUGCCCUUUUUUUCAUACAAGCACUCUACCGUUUAAGAAACCAGCCUAAAUUACUUCAACUUACUGUUAACUAUAAAGUCACAUGAGAAUUUCAAACAAUAGGUGAAAAGGAGCUUCAACAACUAAUUGAAAUAAAACUUUUGCAAGGAUUUUAUUUAAAGAAAUUGUGUAAAUUUAUUAAUAUGCUGAUUUUUAUGAUCAAAUUAGAUGGUCUGACUCACAACAUUGAAGGUGCUUUGAUUAUUAAA